GAAACACUUGACGAUAAAAUAGAAAAAAACGCACGAGACAUCAGAGUCGGUGGGACGCUUGUCUCGUGGUGCAGAAGAUAUUUAAAGAUUCUCGCCUUUUUUAUAAUUAUUUUACCUUCAGUAAUAUAACCUUCAAUUUGCGCGUGUUUUUUCUUCCUCCGCUGAAGCUCGUGUGCUGAUGAAGGCAGCUACCGUUUCACUGGACUGGUGUAUCAAAGGUGCGUGUGCCCGACUGUGUUUGUAAUAGAGUGCUCGUUUAAAAACAAAAAUCAUUAUUUUCGACCGUAAUUAGCCGCUUAUGCCACAGCAGCAAUACUGUAUUACUCAUCGACGAGCGCGCGCGCGUGUGUGUUUGCGCGAGCGUGUGUUUGUGUGUGUUGCGAUCGUUCGCCAUAAUGCUUUGUUAGUCAAAAGCAUAAUAAGAAGACCCCCCCCCUGCGAAUUUAUGGGUGCAUUUGUGAGUGCAAGCUUAUGGUUGAGUCAUGGUAUUUUACAAACAUAGGGUAUCACAGAUUUAAAAAAAGAUUACAACCCAUUAAAAAAAAAAAGCUCGCGGGUGCUUCAGGUGACGUCAAAAAAUUUUACAUUUUUUUUUUACAAAACGUGACAACGCACUUCACAUCCCACCAAACCAGACCCUCUCUCAGACAGUUUUAUAUUCAUGAAUAUUAAUAUUACAGCGUACACCACUGGAAAGAUAAUCACACAAAUCUAUUCCUCAAUUUAAAAAAUACUAAUAAUUAUAAUCUAAACAGGAGAAAUAUGAGGAGAAAGAAAACAAAUUUUGUUUUAAAGCUCAAGGAAAACUUCUGGAAACAAGUUAAAAUUGGCACCUUUGCUACAGAUAGGUUUGCAACAUCAUGACCACAUUUGUGGGCGUGUGUGCACCUGGCAAGUGGCGACAAUUUCUUUCCAUACAUGCAGCAGAACAGAUGGAUGAUGGUGGGUGUCAGAGGGAGGAGGGGUGAGAUGAGGGAGGGGCAGAAUAAAUAAGGGAGUAAAAGAGGGGGUCAGGAAGAAGAAAGGGAAAGGAAGAAGGAGGGGACAUCGAGAUCCCUGAUGACUAAGAGGAAAAAAAGAGGAGAGUGUGAAAAUAGUGAGGAAAGAUGAAUGAGAGGGAAUUAAUAGAUAGAGGUAAGAAAGGGACAUGGAGGGCACAGCUGGAGUCUAGAGCUUAUUAAUGUCUGUCCUAUUGUUCUGUAUACGUUUUCAUUUAGCUUACUAGCAGCUUGGACUGGUAGAGUUGUGUGUUUGUGUGUGUGUGUGUACAAGUCUGACAAAAGGGCCAGUUUUCAUGGCAGCCAUUAAUUGUUGUAGCAGCACAGAUAGAUAGAUAGAUAGAUAGAUAGAUAGAUAGAUAGAUAGAUUUCAUUACAGCUCAAACUGCCUAUGGUGUUGUGCUUAUUGUCAUGGAAAUGUAUACAUUAGUCAUGCCCACAUUCCCCCACACCCUCUCUCACCUCCUUUUUAAUUUUCUUUAUCCCCUCCCUCCACUUUUGGAUAAUUAUUUCUAUAACUAUCACUGGAGCUCAGCCCCUCCAUACUGCACCUGUGUUAUUGUAUGUGUGAGUGUCUUUGUUGUGCUGCGUUUUGGUGGAAAACUAAGGCGGUUAUAAGUGAUUGCUGCUGUCGGAUCAAGAAGAUUAAAACAGUCCAGGCAUGAGAGUGGGAUUCAUUCUCUCAUCUAACCCUAGGCUAAAGCUAAUUAUAUCAUUUCUGUGCUGGCUGGAGUUUCCCCCUCCACAGUGGAGAAAGUGCUUUGCAGCCACAGCCAGUGUUUCACUGCACAGCUGCAGUCGCAUAGUGUAAAAGGUUAAGUAUCUUGUUUAAGUGAACUUUAGCUGUUCAGUAUCUUCAUUUCUCUCUGCGAGAAAGCAAACACAUUUUCUCUAUAGGUCAAAGAGGUACUUAAAUUUCAAAAGUGUAGACUCAUAACCCUCUUAAUAUUUUUUCACUCACUGUAACAAUGGACUUUGUACUUAACUUAAAACCCACUCUAUCUUUCCCUCAUCUUUCUCUCUCAGAUUGACUGAAACUUUACCAUGCCUGUGGCCUCAACUAAGACAGAGCCUGGUGAGACCAGACAUCUUCCUCUUCAUAAGAGCUUUAUUGAUACCCUCUAUCAUGUUGGCUUUAACAAAAAAGCUCCUCACUGAAUACUAAAACAAGAAUUUCUCACUGAACUUGUUUCAGUAAUGUUUCAGCCAUGUAACACUUGAGUGAUGUGGAAUCUCCAUUCUGAGCUGCCUGUGAAACAGCUGCAGAUGUAGCGUUUAGAUGAUGACUGUUAUACAAGAGCUUCAGUGUAAAAAUCAUGCUGUUUUCAAAAAUCAGUGUGAGGCUCAAACCCUCUUCAGAUUUCACUUGGACAUGGAAAGGCAGUAAAACACAUGAGUUAUUCUUUUUUUUUUAGCAAUAAACACUCUAAAUGUUACCUACUAUAAAGUUAAAAUGUCAAAGAAGGGCAGGAAGCGAUGCACACUGGCGCACUUAGCUUCCUCCCCAUGAAAUGCUUCAUUCUGCAGGAACACUGAGAAUGACAUUCAAGCCUUAUACAAAUGCAGGGUUGCUGUUAUUGACUGUUUCAGGUCUACUCUAACAAUAAUUAUAAAAACUGAAAUCACUCUAAUAAAAGAGUACUGCUGUAGAAAAUAAAAAAAGACAUUUGCCGUGUGAUAGUGUAUUAGAUUUUUAAAAUUAUAGAAACAUAGUAAACUAUAUUCCCAAUUUGAGGAGUUAAUUUAAUUAUAUUGGGGACAAAAUACAGCAAUGUAUAAACAUGAUUCUACAAUGGGCAGAAAUUGCACUCUAGAGAGGCUUAAACCAACACAUAUGUUGUGUGAAUUUACAUGUGGAGUGUUUUGGUCCUCAGGCAAAUUAUACUAUAAAUAUAUAUGUAUACUUUAUUGUAAAUUCCAGCUUAUAAUUAGGGGUUAAGAGGCUGAACAGCCACAUAAAAAACUGCAGAUAAGUAAAUAUAGUUGACUCAUACAAUUACAGGUACCCAUUACAAGCUUGUAUUGCCAGAAAGGUGCUGUUGUUGUAUUCUGUCAUUUUCCUAGCUUCUUACUCAUAUGGUCUCUUUGUGUGUGGGUAUGUGUUAUAGGGCCCCAGGCCUUGGACGUGAUGAGUGACAGCACAACCAGCUCCACCACAGCCAAUGACCUGGACCUCAUCUAUCUCAAAGGCAUCAUGGAGAGCCCUCUGGUGGGAUACACAAACAAAGUCACACUUUGAUCGUCUGUUUAUGAAUGACUCAUCAUCUCUAACAUGAUGUUGUGUGUAUAUGUGUGUAAGGAACAAGAGGAGAGCCUAAAAGAGGUGCGACUGUCCCCGGUGAGAGAGAACAAUGUGGAGCUCCUGCAGGAGAUCCUCAGAGAUCUCGACCCCUUCACGAACCGCUCCGACACUGCUGCUGAACUAGCCCACAUACUCACACAGCCUCAUUUCCAGGUGCAGAAAAUGUAGCCCGCAUUAUAAAAGUAUAGAGGACGAAUUUAACACCAGCUGAAAUUCCUUCAGUUUGGAUGAUAUUUUAAAACUAUGGAUUAAUGGUCAGUGUGUGCAGUGCUCACCUGUGUUCAACUUUGUUGGUGCAGUGACGUAGGGAGGUAUGCAUCCUCUGUAGAGCUGUUAGAGAAGCAGAGAGCAUAAGAGACAGUGCGUUAGCACAUAAGCAGGGACCACUGUGUCCAACUCGCAGAGUGUUUUUUCAGUGUUUGUUCAGCUGCUCAGGCCACUACUACGAAAUCAUUUCGAACUCUUCAGCAAGAUGUGAGUGGCUCCUCCAACCAACUGUAGAUGAGAUGGGACUGGUUACCAGGGUACCCAGGUGCUCGACAGGUGACCAUAGAAAUAGAGAAGCCCAUUUACUGGACAGGAGGAAAGUCACUGAUAUUUAAUCAAAGAAGUUGAACACAGCUUUAUAUUGGGGGAACAUUUGCAUUAUGUUUGUUUGUUUUCUUGAACCUGACGUCCAAAUUUUGCUCAAAAUACCACAGAUAUCAAACGCACCAAAUAAAAGGCAGAUAGUUCUGUAUUUUCAGAUUUUUUUAUGCUUUACAGUAAUUUAUCUUCUUUCUUUUUCCUGGUCAGUCUCUUCUUGAGACUCAUGAUUCAGUGGCAUCCCAAGCAUGUGAUAGCCCACCUCCCAGCCCGUGCGAUUGCGUGGAUCAUGAGCUUGAGGACGGCCACAAACACAACACACACCCGCCACCUGAUGCAGUACGCAUGGUCGGCAUACGCAAAGUGGCGGGGGAGCAUCUGGUGAGUAAAUGAAGGCAGAAAAACUAAUUUAGCACAACCUCAUUCUUCAGUGCUGUGAUUUUUUUUGUUAAUAAUAGAACAAUAAACUACAAAUGACUGUGCUCUAGGGAGUGACAUUUAAGAUGGAGGGAGGUGAGCUGAUUAUCGCCCGUAUCCUCCAUGGAGGGAUGAUAGAUCAGCAAGGACUGCUGCAUGUUGGAGAUAUAAUCAAAGAGGUAAGGAAGUGUUUUCUUUUCUGAGCUGUCGUCCAUUAAAGGUCCUCCAAAUGUGGACAUCAAUAUGUCUCUUCAGAAAAGUUAUUUUAUCUUAUGUGUUGGCAGGUGAAUGGACGAGAGGUGGGCCAGGACCCGAGGGUGCUGCAGGAGGAGCUGCAAGCAGCCAGUGGAAGUGUAGUACUGAAAAUACUGCCCAGCUACCAUGAAGCUAUUCCACCAAGACAGGUACAAACACCACAUGGAAAACUAGACAAUAUUGUUUUAAUGCCACUGCAACACAGACCCAUGUCUAUGUGUUCUCUUCUCAGGUUUUCUUUAAGUGUCACUAUGACUAUGAUCCUGCAAAUGACAACCUGAUUCCCUGUAAGGAAGCAGGCCUAAGGUUUGAGACAGGAGACAUCCUGCAGAUAGUCAACCAGGACGACGUCAACUGGUGGCAGGUGGGUGUAAAAAUCCUAUGAUCUUGAGUGCAUAUAAAAGUCGUAUGUGAUGAUAUGACUGAAAUCUGUGUGUUUUUAAUCAAUGCUUGUAUGCUGUCGAUGUCUGUGUUUGAAACAGGCCCGUCAUGUGGAGGGAGGAAGCACAGGGCUCAUUCCCAGUCAGGUGUUAGAGGAGAAGAGGAAAGCAUUUGUCAAAACAAAUAUUGAGCUCCCACCGGCAGGUAAUCGUCAAAUGAGAAAUUGACCAAGACAGAGGGCAUGUCAGUUACUCCUUUAAGACGCUCAGCUGUUUCUACCUGUUAGACCAACAGAGGCUUAGCACCACUGUAAGUGACGCUAUACUCUGUUUUUGUCACAGGAAAUCUUUGCACUGGUGUUGGAGGGAAGAAGAAGAAGAAAAUGAUGUAUGUGACGACCAAAAAUGCAGGUGAUAAAGCUCGACUUUUAAACCAUGCUGUACUUUGUUGGACCCUGUGAAUAAUUGAUGUCUGUUUUUUUAAAUGCAGUUCUUACUUCUCGCUCUUCUUUUUGUUUUCCAUUACUAUUUUCAUUAACUCUGCAGUCUUCCUCCUCUUCCUUUCCUAGAAUUUGACAGACAUGAAAUAUUGCUCUACGAGGAGGUGGCCAAAGUCCCACCAUUCAAGAGGAAAACUCUGAUUUUGAUUGGCGCCCAGGGUGUCGGGCGGCGGAGACUCAAGAACAAACUUCUACUGAGAGAUCCUUUACUUUUCGGCACCACCAUUCCAUGUAUGAAGUCUAUUCGGCAAGAUAUUUAAGAGCUAUAACACCAGAGAUUUGUUUAAAUGUCACUUAUCAAUUCCUAAACUAUAGCAUUCACAAGACUAAAUGAAAAGCUGAUGGAAAGGAAUUUUAAAAGGACAAAGCAAAUUAAGCAAAUUGGGUUAUCAAAGGCCCGUGGCUGAGGAAUAAAUCUCUGGGGCAUCAAAAUGAGACUGCACAACUUCAUCCCCACCCCGAGAGACUUUACUAACACAUGGUUAACACCCCCAAACAUCUGGAUACCUUCAUGCUAGAGUUAGUAAAAGCUAAGCCCAACUACUUUAACAGCUCCAGUAACAGAUGUAUUGAAACAGUUAUUGGGCACAAUGUCUUCUUGUUCUUUUACUUUAUCUGUUGCUUUUGGGUCUUUGUGGGAAAAAAAAAGAAACCAUCCUCACAUGCAGCCGCUAGGCGUUAGCUAAAGAGGAUCCCAACCCUCACACCAAGACUUGACAUGGUGUCAUUGCCACAUGGUCGUGACCAAUUUCAGGGAGCAACAGUCAUUUUUAGGCAUCUAUCAAACGCUGAUUUCAAUUCAUCCUCUGAAAUUGUUUAAAUACAGAUACAAAGGAACAAUGAUAGGAUGGAGAUAAGUUUAGAUAAAAAGAGAGAGAGAGUAUAUGAGGCAGAGGCAUGGUCAGGAGAGAAGUGGGGUUGUAUAACAGAGAGAAAUAUCUAAACUCUCGUCCCUGAUGUUGAUCUGCUGAAGAGGUGAUGAACUCAGUGUGGUAAAUCGAGUCUCUUUGAUACACGCGGCAUGGAAACAAGUGCCCUCUGUCAACAUCUAGAAGACAGACUUUCAUACUGUAGUCAGGGCUGUUUCGCAGCGGUAGGCUACGCCGUACCGGAAAGACUUAAACAGCAGUUUAUAGCCGGUACGAAGCGUUAAGCAAACUUUCCCCCCUGCAAUGUAUGUAGGCUACAUUAGCUUACCGUGUUGCGGCACGUCAGUCUGCACUCUGCAUUGUAACCGUAGUAAUCCAGUAGGACCGUGCUGCUCGCGAGUGAGUCGUACUUGUUUCCGCAAACAAACAAAUUCCGAGAGAGCGCUCAAUGCGCACUUUUGAUUGGACGCUGGUUGCCUUGGCGCUGGAGACCGUCUUCCGCCUUUUGCGGAAGGAGGGAACUUUUAAAGAGACCGCUACUUCAACUUUUAAGGCAGAAAUAAAACAAAAUGCUGAGAAAUUUUGAUUUUAUGUUCAAGAAAAAGAGAGAUGCAGCAGAUGAUGAUACUGUGGAAUCAGAGUUGCCACCUUGUUAAAGGGAUAUGAGAUGAAUGUUGCCGACCGCUGCGUCUCUAGCUAUACCAACUUUAGUAAUGACCGCAGAUAGCAAUACAGAGUGCCACACGCUCAACCAAAACGCCACUCUAUAGCCACAAAUAAUGCUCAGAACAGCACCUAACUUCAUCAACAGUACAUAUAGGGUCCCAGCCACAGCACUAGCCACCAAACAUCUUUUUAACUUUGCCUGAUUUCUUUAGCAAAGAGACUAAACACAACACACCUAACCCAACACCCCAACAGCUGCACUCCCCCGCUGAAACAGUUGUACUCUAAGAUGGAAUAGUCGUCCAUCAAAGUUUGUAAAUACCACAAAAAUGUAAAAGGUCUUGAUUGUUUUUUAUUGGGCCUGCAUGCAGAAAUAAUGGAUCUGUUAUCGAUCCCACAGACACCUCAAGAAAGCCCAAGAAGGAGGAUCGUGAGAGCCGGAUGUAUGCCUUCACCAGUCGCAGCAAAAUGGAAGCCGAUAUCAAGAACGGAUGUUAUCUCGAGCACGGGGAGUACGAUGGCAGCUUGUAUGGUAUCAAGAUUGACUCCAUACAUGAGGUGGUGGAGGCUGGACGCGUCUGCAUAUUGGAUGCUAACCCUCAGGUACGCACACAAGAAGCAACUGAAAAUUAAAUCAAACUUUUGAGCUGUUGUGGGUUCAAACACUUAGUACAAUUUACUCUUAAUUAUUCUACUUUAUUGCAUGUUUUUAAGCAUAUAUAUUAUGUGUUAAACCUUUGUGAGUGUGGUUUGAACUGUCAGUGGAUCACCAAGAAUAGCCUCAAAAGUGUGUAACCCAACUUGAGACUCAUGUGCUCUGCUUAAAGGCAACUUUGAUAAGCAGAUCCUAGUUUUAAAACUUUUCAUCGUUAUCUGCUUCUUAUGUUCAUUUUGUUCCAGUCUCUCAAAGUGUUGAGAACCUCAGAGUUCUUGCCCUAUGUGGUGUUCCUUCAGUCUCCUGACUUCGAAGUGCUCAAGGCAAUGAACCAGUCAGCUGCAGAGGCAGGAGUGGUUACCAAGACCCUGACAGUAAGAAUCACUCAAGUUUCUUUCAGGAACAUGAAGAGAGAGUGAAACCCUCGUGUUCAGGAAUCGGCGUGAAAAUGUAAACGAAUUAAUAAUGUCGUGUGAUUUUCAUCUUAGGACGGGGAACUGCAGAGGACCUGCGAUGAGAGCGCCAAACUCCAGGCGGCCUACGGUCACUACUUUGACCUCAGCAUAAUCAAUGACAACCUGGAUGAGACCUACCGAACAGUCAAGGCUGCCUUGGAGACGGUUUCUAAAAACCCCCAGUGGGUUCCUGUCACAUGGGUUUUCUAGAGAGCAAAGGAGAGAGAGAAUAUACUGCUGUGUAAAAAGUGGAUUUUGUAAAGAUGUCUUUGUCUUCAGACUCAUAAUUUGAUCUUAUCUGAUCAAAAGCCAAGCAUUCAAAAUCUUUUUAGCUUAGCAAUACAUGCCGGAGAGAUAUCCUCUAUUUAAACAAGAACAUAUUUUUCCAUACGGGAUGAACUUGAAGGAGGAAGAGAGAGGAAAAGUUUAGAUGAAGAAGGCCAAAAUGUCACAGAUUUUACGUAUUGAUACUUAGUGUGUGUGCGCGUGCGUGAGAGUGUGUUUGGGUAUCUUUCAGCGUAUGGAUUUUAAAGCAGACACUUUUGUAGUUUAAAUUAUUUGUGCCAUUACUGAAGAUCAUCAGCAGAUUUCGUCACUGUUUACAUUCAAUGAUCAGAGAGUUACAUCUGAUCUGAGGGCUAGCCGAUAUAACCAGCAAAACCUGAUCAUUUGAUCCAAAAUUUAACCUCGAACAUUGAGGAAAGAUUGAAGAAGCAAAUUUAGUGCUAUCAGGUGCCAAUGAUAAAGGCAAGCCUUAUAGUCCAUCUGUGUUCUCAGUUGUCUUAAUUAUCUUUAUUUUAAGUUGCACAUCGGAGCUGCACAGUUCAGUAUUAAUAGAGUACAGUGCACAUGUGUCAUAGUCAAAUAGCAGGAGAUGUGAUGUGGCACAAAGGGAUAGAUUAGACACAGAGGUUAGAGUUCAACAAGUUGCUUACCUGCACUCUUGCGCUGGUCUUUGUCAAACAGAGAGUUAAGAAGGGUGUAGUAGGUUAGACUAACGUGGCAGCUGGAUACAAACAUUAUAACCUCUGUAUAGAAACUUUCAACCUUUAUUCCAAUGGACUUGUUUGCUUUUGCAGGUCAUACAGCAGCAUCCGUGUUCAUUUCAGUCUGUUUUAUAAGCCUGUCUUCAACCAUGCAAACCUCAUAGUGUUUUCAAAAAGUCAUGGAGCGUACAUUAAAAGUUUCUCAUGUGGUAAAACAUUUUCCACUUCAUGCACUGAGCCAAUGACAGUGCUAUCUUGAUUUAUGUGAAGCAGAUAAUGAAAACAUUCAACCAAAAACACCUCUCUGGGGCAGGGAACCCGAAUUGAAUUUCCCACUGGGGAUCAAUAAAGUUCUUUUUAUCUUAUCUUAUGUGGAUAGCAUGUGAUAUAAUACAGUAGAUACUGUUUAAAAUGAGUGUGAUGUGACAUUAUCGCCGAGUAUGAACAGUAUAUGACACUUUGAGUGUUGACUCAUUAUAUCAGCAUAGGCAUGUAAAUUGUCGCAGCAUAACACAAACUGAAAAAGAGGACAGGUCGUGUCUGCCCUUUGGGCCACUGUGCAUGUGAUACUGCUUAUAGUGCCAACUGAUGAAUGCUCUUUGAGCAGCUUGUUUUUACUCUGAUAUUGUGGCAGCUACUGAAUGCUUUUUAAUGCACAAUGAAUUGUUCAGCUAUAAGGGGAGAAAAAGUGAUGCUAGAGGAGGCCUUUUAGGUGCUCUUUGUUUUGUAAAAUUUUUAUUCCUGCUCUAGUUUUUAAAAGUGGCUUGUACGUAGCAGAUAUUGUCCGACAGCUAUAUUUACAUCUCUGUAGUCUUGGUGUUGUGACACACCACAUUCGUUAGUCUCUUGAGGACAUUCCUAAACCCUGCUGUGUCCCUUGUUGAUGAAAUUUCACUGAUGCCAUAAAAACCUUUAUUUGCUGUAACUUUAAUAAUGUACAUUUAGGUACAACCAUGAUUACAGUAGUUAAAGUUUCUUAGUUUUUUUAAUGCAGUUCCUAUAAAUUAAGGAUUGUUGGCCUUGUGUUACUACAUUAGGAGGCUGAUUCAAGUUGAGUCCAAAUUACUGGAUAUUUUUUCUGUUUAUGUGCUGAAAUUUUAGUAUUGAAGGGCGUUAUGCAAAAUGCUGCAUACCAAGAGGAUUUGAUCUUUGAAGAAAGAAACUCACUCUAAGUCAUCAGUGUUAUAGACUUGAUGUACGGUAUAGACAGCCCCUUUAAACUCUGUUGUCUGAAUUUUGCAUAAAACCCUUCAACUCUGGCUCUGCGUUCAAACAUGGCUCUCAAAUAGUCACACAAUCGAACCUGAACCUUUGUAAUUUUGUUGUAGAGCUUCUGGGUGUAUAGUUAGACAUUGUUCAUAAUUCUGUCUGUACUGAAUAAAUAUUUAAUUUGAUCAUAAUUGUGAUUUAAUUUUCUAAAUGUAAAUAAAUCAUUUUCACAGACAACAGACACA